UAUCUCCAGUCGGGGACAUUCCGGGGCUGCAGAGCAGACCAGGCCUGGUGGAGAAUUAGGUGCUGCUGGGAGCUCCUGCCUCCCACAGGAUCCCAGCUGCAGGGAGCCUUGGGGACUCUGGCCUGCCUGGAGUUGGGGACACUCCCCAGAAAGCGUCGUCAUGGCCUGCAGGGAGCACUUAUCGAAGAAUUGGGGCAAGUGGGUGUUUGCAGGCAUUACCUGUGUGUCUGUGGUGGUCGUUGUCACGAUAGUCCUUGCCAUCACCCUGCGGCAGCCAGGCUGUGAACUGGAGGCCUGCAGCCCCGAUGCCGACAUGCUGGACUACCUGCUGAGCCUGGGCCAGAUCAGCCGCCGAGAUGCCCUGGAGGUCACCUGGUACCACGCAGCCAACAGCAAGAAAGCCAUGGCAGCUGCCUUGGACAGCAACGUAACAGUCCUGGAGGCUGACGUCAACGUAGAAGGGCUCGGCACAGCCAAUGAGACAGGAGUUCCCAUCAUGGCACAUCCGCCGGCUAUCUACAGUGACAACACACUGGAGCAGUGGCUGGAUGCUGUGCUGGGCUCUUCCCAGAAGGGCAUCAAACUGGACUUUAAGAACAUCAAGGCCGUGGGCCCCUCCCUGGACCUCCUGCGGCGGCUGACAGAGGAAGGCAAAGUCCAGCAGCCUGUGUGGAUCAACGCUGAUAUCUUAAAGGGCCCCAACGUGCCCAUCUCACUUGAGGUCAAUGCCACACAGUUCCUGGCCCUGGUCCAGGAGAAGUAUCCCAAGGUCACCCUGUCUCCAGGCUGGACCACCCUCUACCUGGCCAUGUUCCCAAACAGGACGUACACCCGAGCCAUGGUGGAGAAGAUGCAUGAGCUGGUGGGAGUGGUACCCCAGAGGGUCACCUUCCCUGUACGGUCUUCCAUGGUGCGGGCCUCCUGGCCCCACUUCAGCUGGCUGCUGAGCCAAUCUGAGAGGUAUAGCCUGACAUUGUGGCAAGCUGCCUCGGACCCCAUGUUGGUGGAGGACCUGCUCUACGUCCGGGACAACACUGCUGUCCACCAAGUCUACUAUGACAUCUUUGAGCCUUUCCUGUCGCAGUUCAAGCAGCUGGCCUUGAAUGCCACACGGAAACGAAUGUACUAUACAGGGGGCAGCCUGAUCCCUCUUCUCCAGCUGCCCGGGGGUGAUGGGCUGAACGUGGAGUGGCUGGUUCCCGACAUCCGGGGCAGCGGUAAAACAGCAACGGUGACCCUCCCAGACACAGAAGGCAUGGUCCUGCUGAACACUGGUCUUGAGGGGACUGUGGCUGAGAACCCCGUGCCCAUCGUUCGUGCUCCAAGUGGCAGCAUCCUGACGCUGGAGUCCUGCCUGCAGCAGCUGGCCACACAUUCCCGACACUGGGGUGUCCAUUUGCAAAUAGCGGAGCCCGCAGCCCUCCGGCCAUCCCUGGCCUUGCUGGCACGCCUCUCCAGCCUUGGCCUCUUGCAUUCACCUGUGUGGGUGGGGGCCAAAAUCUCCCACAGGAGUUUUUUGGUCCCUGGCCAUGUGGCUGGCAGAGAUCUACUUACAGCUGUGGCUGAGGUCUUCCCCCACGUGACUGUGGCACCAGGCUGGCCUGAGGAGGUACUGGGCAGUGGCUAUAGGGAACAGCUGCUCACAGAUAUGCUAGAGCUGUGCCAGGAGCUCUGGCAACCUGUGUCCUUCCAGAUGCCAGCCAUGUCACCAGGCCACAGCACAGCCAGAGCCAUAGCCAGGCUGCUGGCCUCCUCCCCCCGGGCCACCGUCACAGUGGAGCAUAGCCCAGCUGGGGGCGACUAUGCCUCUGUGAGGGCAGUGCUGCUGGCAGCCAGGGCUGUGGACAGGACCCGAGUCUACUACAGGCUGCCUCAGGGGUACCGCAAGAACUUGCUGGCCGACGUUGGCAGAAACUGAGCACCUGGGGUGGUGGGCCAGCGGACCUCAGGACGGAGGCCGCCCCUGGGGAGGCAGGAAGAAAUAAAGGCCUUUGCCUUUCUCCAGGCA